UUGAUUUUAGCAACAAUUGCUCUCUUCUCCAGAGGCUUCUUGUCGAGACCAUGGGCGUCCAGCGUGGAAAUCAAGGGCAUGGAAAGAUUUUUGGACAUCCUGUACGACGACAGACGGCGGAAAGAUGGCAGGGGAAUCCUGACGUACGCCAAUCACAUUUCUGUAAUGGAUGAUCCCACAAUCUUUGGCAAGCUGCCUUUCAGCACCUUUCAGCGACAAGAGACCACGCGCUGGACUUUGGGCGCAGCGGACAUUAUGUUCACCAAUGCCCUUUUCCGGUACUUUUUCACGCACGGUCAGGUGUUGUCCACCGAUCGAGGGCGAGGGGUGUUUCAACCUUCGAUAGACACAGCAAUAGACAAGCUCUUGACGGGCCAAUGGGUGCAUAUAUUCCCCGAAGGUUAUGUCAACAUGUCCCGCAAGGCCAUCUGUCGCAGGUUCAAGUGGGGCAUUGGAAGACUGCUGCUCGAAUCUCAUCGAGAACAGACGCCAAUCGUGAUACCCAUCUGGAUCGAGGGGCUGGACGCCAUGAUGCCUGAACCUAGAAAUCACCCGAGAUGGAUGCCCAGACCGGGUGCAAACAUCAAAAUCACUUUCGGCGAUCCUGUAGAAUCUACGCUAGGGCCAUUGCUCCCAUCCAAGGCAUCAGCAUCGCGAACACCGUCAUCGCCGAUUUCCUCAGAUCAAGCUGCAAGCACUGUGUCGAUGUCCGACUCGCGUUCUAUCUCGCGCGCAAGCGGCUCUUCGGUGUCAGACGACAUUUCUUCCUUCUCUUCGUCCAUAGACACCGAUUACCCAGCGCCAACAUCGGACAAGUAUCCCCCACCCACUCCGCUAGCUCCUCCGCCGCCUGGCGGCUACGCUUUGCCACAAGCAGGCAGUCGGUCCCAUAAUUCUUUAGCUUCCGGAGCAGAUCAGCCCGAAGCCAGGUUGCUUCGCAGCCGGCUGGCUGCAGCACUUAGGGCUCGCUUACUUCAGCUAGGCGAGAAGAGCGCGGGCAAGGAAUUGAGAGGUUUGGUGCAUACCCUCAUGAAGGAAGAGAGGAUAGAGUAG